CCGUUCUCUGCUCUUCUUCGUCUCCUCCUCGGCUCCCCUGCCCUGUCCUCCGCAGCCAAGCCCAACUCCAUCCCAGCAGCAAGUCCCAAUGCCUCCCGACAGCGACGCCACCGCGGACCUCGCGGCCGACGAGCUGCAGAGCCUCAGCUUCGGCUCCUCCUCGCGCUCCCGCUCCGCCUCCACGGUCUCCACCGCCACCGCCUCCUGCUCCACCUCCUCCUCAGGUCCGCUCCACCUCCCGCUCCCGCCGCGUUCCACAACCCCCUCCGCCGCCGCCGCCUCCACGCAAAUAAUCCCGCGCCUCGGGUCCGUCGCCCUCUCCGACAUCCGCUUCCUGCGGCGGCUCGGCGCGGGGGACAUUGGCAGCGUCUACCUCGCCGAGGUCAGGGCGAAGGAGAAGCCAACCGGCGGAACCAGCGCGGUCGUGCUGGUGGCCGCGAAGGUGAUGGACCGGAAGGAGCUGGAGGGGCGGAACAAGGAGGGCCGCGCGCGCACGGAGCGCGAGAUCCUCGAGACCGUGGACCACCCGUUCCUGCCACGGCUCUACGGCGUCGCCGAGGGGGACCGCUGGUCCUGCCUCCUCACCGAGUUCUGCCCAGGCGGCGACCUCCACGUCCUCCGCCAGCGCCAGCCGCACCGACGCUUCUCCGAGGCCGCAGUCAGGUUCUACGCGGCAGAGGUGGUUGCCGCGCUGGAGUACAUCCACAUGGUGGACAUAGUGUACCGCGACCUCAAGCCCGAGAACGUCCUCGUCCGCGCCGACGGCCACAUCAUGCUCACCGAUUUCGACCUCUCCCUCAAGUGCGACCCCACCGCGCCCACACCGGCGCACGUCAUCUCCGACCCGCUCUCCCUCGCCGGCCGCUCCACCGCGGCGUCCACAUCCUGCACCAUCUCCUCCUGCAUCGUCCCCACCGUGUCCUGCUUCCAGCUCUUCCCUGGCCGAGGCCGCAGCCGCCGGCGCCGGCGCUGGCGUACCAAGAAGCCGUCGUCGUCAAACUGUGGCGGAAACAGCAGCUUCCCCUCCGGCGGCAGCAGUGGGCUCGACCUGGAGUUCGUGGCCGAGCCGGUGGAGCUGCGGUCCAUGUCGUUCGUCGGCACGCACGAGUACCUGGCGCCGGAGAUCGUGUCCGGGGAAGGCCACGGCAGCUCCGUGGACUGGUGGACGCUGGGCGUCUUCAUCUUUGAGCUGCUCUACGGGGUGACGCCGUUCAAGGGCUACGACAACGAGAUGACGCUGGCCAACAUUGUGGCGCGCGCGCUCGAGUUCCCCAAGGAGCCCUCGGUGUCGUCGGCCGCCAAGGACCUCGUCACCGCGCUGCUCGCCAAGGACCCCGCCCGGCGGCUCGGCGCCACGGUCGGGGCCGCGGCGAUCAAGCGCCACCCGUUCUUCAACGGCGUCAACUGGGCGCUGCUCCGGUGCGCCACGCCACCGUACGUGCCGCCGCCGUUCAGCUUGGGGAAUAUCAAGGCUGCUGCCGGUGGCGGUGGAGGAGGGAACAACGCCAACGAUGACGACAUGUCGGACGACGACAGUUGUCCCGGCACGCCAGUGGAGUACUACUAGACAAGCCAAGGAGAAGCGUCCAUGUCCACCUGCGUUGAAAAGACGAUGCCAUCGCCGGGACCCGAUCAGGAAGCUCUUGCCCGAGUCCGGCUGCGAGCCGGCGCGGGCACGUGGUGGGGAAUGGACCACGGCGCAUGGCGCGAGCACGAGGCAGCCGGGGCCGGGGAACACUGCGCUGUCGCCUCAAGUGGUUGCCGGCUGCCUGUUUCCGAGAACUCUCGCGCCAUGGCGAGCAGGCGACACUGCGCACGCUGUAUGAAUAACUUAAUACCGUUCUUGUUGCAAUUAGCACUAGCGUAUGUCAUAACCUGGCUUCCAUUGUGCCAUUGCCAGGUUGGUUGCAUUGGUUGGUGCCUGUCUCUGGAAAAUGUGUAACUGGAGCUAAUGUAUACGGGGGUGUUGCUUGGAACGCAGGAACUUGACAGGAAAUUCUUGUGAAAUCUCGUGUUCCAAGCAGGACCUUUGGAAUUGUAUUAUGUUCUUGAGUUAAUUUUUCACUUGUAUUCUAUGUCA